UGCAAUUUUGAAAUUAUAAUUAUAUAAAUUUAGUCAUAACUACAAGCACGUAAGCAUUAUUUAAGACUUAGAAACUUGAAACAUAAUCAUUUAAAUAUUCAUAUGUUUUAAAUUUUUAAAAUUAAAAUACAUAUAUAAAUAACCAAAAACAAUACAAGUUCCUUUUUAGUGUGCAAGAAUGAUGAAGAGUUCUUAUUGGUCAGAAUUUUAAGCACAUGGAUCACCUCUUUAUCCGUUGGAUGAGAUUAAAUCCGACGGUUCAGGUCUGUUCUUUUUCAGAUUUGUAGAUCUUUCAUCUUCUCUUUCUAAAAAAUUAUCAAUCUCUCUUCUAUCUUCUCCUUCCUUUCGACCAUCUCUGUUUCUAUUCAAUUCUUUUUUUAUUUGGUUUUAAGAUUGAUAAAGUUCAUGUGUUGGCUUCUCAUUUUCUAAUUGUGUUUGUGUUGGAUUCUUUUGUAGGGAAAGGAAGCCAACGAAAUCAACAACAUCUUGCGACGGAGCCCGAGAUCUGAAGAAGCCGUGGUGUGGAGAUGGCAGAAGAAGCUACAGGUGGUGGUGGAGGUGGAACCCAGAAAGAAGAAGAAGAAGAUAGGCGGAGAAGGAGAGAAGACAGAGACGUGAGGAGGGCUUCGUUGACACACCGGAUCUGAAGUAGUUCCAUGGAGAUGGCAGAGAAAGCUAGUCGUGGUGGUGGAGGAGAAGGAGAGAAGACCGAGACGCGAGAGCUUGGUCGACACAGCAAUGGAGGAGGACGGCGACGACAAAUGGAGGAGGAGGACGACGGGAUGUAUACGGCGUUGUGGGGGACAGUUCAUGGAGGCGUAGACUAGGUUUUUCUUUUAGGUUUAGCUUUUAUUUUGUUAAAAAAAAUUGGUUAAGUUUGCUUUAUUUGGUGUACCGGUCUUUAACUUUGUAACCAAUUUCGAUUUAUAAAUAUCUUUUAAAAUUUUUUUAUUUUUAUUUUUAUUUUUAGUAAGAUAAAUAAUAACAAUAAAAAAACGUUAUAAUAAAAUAUUUAAUUGCUUGCAAUAAAACGUUAUUGUUUGUCGCAAUAUGAUAGCAAUGCAAAAAACUGCUAUCUAAUGUACUUGACCUAUUAUGACGAGCGAUGAUACAGCGCUUCUAAAACCGCUAUCGUAUCGUUAGAUAGCGUUUUCCGUCCGCUAAUAAAACCCAUUUUUCUUGUAGUGAAUGGGUUUGAUUGAAAAUCAAAAAAAUUGUGAAAUUAUCUCUGGUUUAUCAGGUGCACGGAAGCUUGAUCAUGGAGUUUAUUGCAAAUGGUGGGUUAGUCCCGCUAUAAGCAAGGCCAUGGAUGGUUAAAUCCUCAACUCUGAUUAAUGGAGCUCUCUCAGUGCAUUGUUCAGGAAUUAAGAUUUUUUCUGCAAAUAUACUUUUGCAGUUUUGCCCAAAACGUUUAAGGAUUUUUCAGGUAUAUUAAUGUUGUUCUUUGAUUGUAGGAUGUUUCUCUCAGUGCUCCUUUCUUACAACUUCCUUAUUUAAAUAAAUUUAAUGCUAAAAGGAUAGGGUUGCAGGUUGGAUUAUUUUGAGAGUUUCAAGAGGUGCACCUGGAAGAACAUUCUUAACCACUCACGGAGGUUGCUGGUUUGAUGGAGAGCGAUGUUGUGGACAUCGAGAAUGAUACCUCUCUGAAUGUAGAAGUCACUUGCAAAACAAAAGGUGAAGAAGUUUUCGAGAAAGCAACUUUACGACAGUGACCACUCUGAAACGCCUCACUGGAAUAUUAGGCGGUAUUCUUCAUUCGGCUUACCUUUCCGCAAAGAGAAAAGCUUAUGGGUUCUUCUUGCGGAUUCAAACAAUAUCUGUUUCUUCCCGAAGGUUGCUUUCAUGGACAGAGUUGAAGCUAUAAGCAUUGCUUCGAGUUCUAUUAUUUAGACAGUGAAUACUUUAGGAGAAAGCAUCGAGACAAAUCAUAAUGCAGUUAGAGAAGUUCCGACUCUGUGAGAAGAUUAAAAGUGGGUCUAGAUUGGUUUUGCAGCCACUUUCCGAGGUAGGUGGAAUGAUACUGAGACAAAAACGUCAAUACUCUUGCUAACCACUCUAAAUUCAAAAAAAUACUUGGAGGUACGUCUCUUUCCAUUUUUAUGUUUCAUAUAGUAAUUGUAGUUAUUCAUAGACUUGAAAAGUUACACAUUUAAAGACUUCUCUACGGAUGUGUAUCAUUACUAAUACCAUUCCAUCUAUACUUUCAGGUGUUGUAACCCUUAGCUUCACAGAUUCCCCACGACUCUUCUUUGAUUCCGACGGCAGUGUGACCGAAAAAUAUCUAUCAAGGUAAUCGUGAAAAAAUCUUCCCUUCUCACCAAAAAAAAAUCCUCAGAGUGUCCACUAUAUAUGCUUCAUACUCCACCACUAUUCAUUAGUUUUGGUCAGCAUGUUUCUCCACCGUCACACCAGUUAUAAGUACUAAAAUAUGAAUGCCAAACCAUGUCGUCGUCCACCGCUCUCGAAAUUAAUUCUAUAUAAACACAUUUCAUAUUCAACCAUGUUCGAGCUAGGUUUGGAGCAAAUGGAGAUACCACACCAGCUAUCAAAAGCUCCUCCGCAGCUAUCAAUAGCUUCCACGUAAGUGUUUUCAAACAGUUCUGUUAGCAUCAUCUAUGAAUCUACAGCUCCCCUUUAUGUCUUAUAUAUAUUAUUCGCAAGUCAUGCGACUAAUCGUGUGCUAUAUAUAUAUAUAGAUAUUGGUUUGAGGUUAAAGUAUGUGAUGACGGUGGUGGUGAGGCAACCUUUGUCAUCUUUAAGCAGCACUGAAACUGGUUGAUAGAUACCAAGGUGGCAAAGGGGUUAGCUAUCGUAGAAAUUCUUUAAUAAGUUUACACCCAAGUACUUUACUGACUUGAGGUUAAAGUAUGUGAUGACGGUGGUGGUGAGGCAACCUUUGUCAUCUUUAUGUUUUGGUGGUGCUCUGUCGGGAAACUACGAAAGUUUUUGAUCAUUGUUUAAUAUUGUUAAUGCACUAAGGUGGCAAUGACAACCCGGUGAUUACAUGCCUGGUGGUGGAGCUGUGAAAAGAAGUUAUCCAUGUGAGAACAUGACGGACUCGGACAUUAGAGGAAGCACUGCUGAUGGGAAUGGUGAUGGGCAAACAGCUGCUCCAAGUGAUCUAAAUUAGUCACAUGUAACUGACAAGAAUACAGGAGAGGAUGCAGCAGUUCUGGAGGAAGAGCGCUCCACAUAGAAACAAUGAGAUUAUUAACAAGUUUGAAGACUCAUCGACAACGAAAACGCGCCCACAUGAACAUUGCAUUGAAGACUUUCUUUAAAAAAAAUUCACUUUCUAUGAACUAAGAGAUUUUUCUUAAACCAUGUCACUGCUUUUAAUAAGUUUGUCCAGCUAAUCUAUUACUACACUGUUUAUCAAUGUCUAGAAAUAUUUUUUUAUUAUAAAGAAUCAGCUACAUCAUAUAAAGCAACAGCUUAAAUAAAAAUGUAUAAGUUGAUAAAAAAAAAUUUGUAUAAAAUAAAAGGUAAAACAAACAUAUAAAAGGAAAAACAAUAUAUGCUAACACAAUCUACCACAAUAAUUAUUUUUUUAAAUAUUAUUUUUAUUAUCAUAGUCAAAUUAGAAAAGCAUUUUUUAAAAAUUAAAAAAAAUAAUUUUAAUGAAAAAUAUUAAAGGUCGAACAAGUAUAUAAUCUCUAAAUUAAAAUAAAUUAAAAUUUCAAAAUUUUGUUAAACUUUAAAUAAUAUUUAUAUUAUUUGCUCAUUUGCUCACCCGCCCAUUUGCUUAUUUAAAAUAUUAACUUUACUUUAUAUUUAAAUUUCAACUAAAUUAACUUUUUUACAACUAUCGGCUUUUAUUCUACUUUUAUUGAAUCCAUUAGUGACUACCACUUAUGCUAUUCCACUUUGAACUAAGCAACUUCAAAAUAAAUUAAUACUCUAUAGUCGUUAACCAAUGGAUCGGAAAAUAUCACUCUUUUGCAAUAUUUUCAUUUUCAUAUUUUUGAACAUUUAUUAAGACCAUAAAAUAAAUUGUAAAUUAAAGUAAAAAUAAAAUAAACAAAUCCGGCGCGCAGCGCCGGAAUACUACUAGUAAGAUAUAUAAGAAUGCAAAUCUGAAAAUCAAUUUAGAUUUUGAGGAAUAACCAAAAAAAAAGGAAUAAGAAACUGAAAAGGAAAUUAAACAUGAUAAUUUAGUUUAAAAAACUAAACACGAUAAACAACAAAAACAAAAGGAAAGAGUGAAAACCCAAAGCGAAUAGUGAACAACGUACUCAAGUAGCUUCAUAUAUAUAAGAACGCUAGAGACUCCUCUAGCUAUCAUUGAUUCGAUUACUUGUUUCUCAGACCAAAAACAAAACACAAUAGAGUCAAGAACCCUAGUUACAGAGAAUGACUAAGAUGGUGAUGAUUAGAGAAGACAACAACAACAUCAGCAAAGCUCCGAAUGUUGUUGGCCAAUCUUCUUCAGUACUAGAGUUUGUCUGUGUACUUGGCCGAGGUAGUUUUGGUUCGGUCACUCUCAUAAGAGACUCCAAACACCGGUUACACGCUGAGAAAUCAUCUCCGAUAGCUUACAUGGAGAGUCUCAAGAAAGAGCAUAGGAUCAUGCUUCGUUUCCGUAACCAUCCACGCAUCGUCCAAACCACAAACCCUAAUCUUCACAUAGGUAUCAACCUCGACCAUUGUUACAUGUACAUGGAGUUUGCCUCCAAAGGUACUCUCCACAACUUCAUCACCCACUUCUCUGGCCAACCAAUGCCUGAGGUUAUGAUCGGACGCGCUGCUCUCAUGAUCCUUCAAGGACUCGAGGCUCUUCACUCUCACGGCUACGUUCACUGCGACCUCAAGCCGGCUAACGUUCUCCUCUUUCCUUCCAAGAUUGUCGGAGAGCCGUGGGAUCUCAAGCUUGCUGACUUCGGUCUAUCUAAGGAGCCUUCUUGUACGAAUCCAAGGUCCUCCUUGUCUGGCGGUACAAAGGAGUACAUGCCCCCUGAGUCUUUGGGACCCAACCGAGUGAAGAUGAUUGGACCGGCUGUUGACAUGUGGGCUCUAGGGUGUGUUGUGCUUCAGAUGUAUGGAGGCCGUCCAGUGAAGAUGGGAGAAUGUUGUUACAAGUGGAGGCUUCCGAGACUAGUAUCUCCGCUGGCCAACGACUUCUUGAGGCGGUGCAUGGCGUUGCAGCCCUCACGCAGAGCCACCGCAGCGGAUCUGUUGAAACAUCCUUUUGUUUGCACCAAGGCUACAUCAUAUGCUUCAGUACUGUCCUCCUCCUCCUGUCAUAAGACACAAUAAUGUUUAUGAGAGAAUAUUGUGGUAAAAGACAAGGAGGAGACCGAUGAUGAUGGAUCCAAGAUCUAGCUAGAGAUUCGAUCUGCUGAGUUCUCAACCGUUAGGUCUCGGUUGUUAAAUAAAGUUGUCUUUAAUUUUAUUCAGUUGAGUUUGAGUCUUGAUUUGAUUGUUGUUGCACAGUUAAGAACAGUAUAAUUCAUGUUUUGGUACUUGACUUAAUAUUCUUAUAAUGUAUCUUUGUCUUUGCCUGAUGAUUGCUAUUGAAAUGUUUAAAAGAAUCUAAUAUAUACUAGUAUUAUUACACAGUUUAAAUUAGUCAAACAGAAAAACAUUCACACAUUCAUUUGGAGGCGUUAAUCCAGUGGAAAGGUUUACCUGGUUAUGAGCAAUCAUGGCUCUAUGUGUGUUUUUUUCAAUAAAUCCUAUCGGCUGAUCCAUGUGAGAGACCAGAUUUUACCUGAAGGGGAAGGGGGGAUGGGGGUAUUGAUAGACCCUUGAGAGUAUACAUCAGGAAGAGAGGCAGAGGAGUUGAGAAAAAAAGGCUUAAUAUGAGAUGACGUGGCAGAGGAAUUGGAGGGAAGUGAAGAUAAUUGAUGGUGAGUGGAGAGAAGUAUAAAUAAUGAGAGUCUGUUGUAGAUAAUUUCUCAUGAAAGUUUGUUAGAGAAGAUUGAAGUCGUGAGAGGGUUUGUCUCUGCGAUUCAGUUUACUCAAGGAGAAAGGUCCUUGGGAUUGUAAUUCACUUUUGAUAUUCAAUAAUACAUUGCUUAUUGCUUAUAACAAGUUAACAACCAUACAAAAAUUCGUUUCUUUUUUAACUUUUCUGGACUAACCCCAUUCAGUGAAUGUCCAUCACUUCCACCAUACAGAAGAAGAAAAAUGAUAUCUAAAGAAUAUUAUAUGAAACAUAUUUUUUUAGUAUUUUUCCGAUAUUAAAACUGUAGGACCAUGAUUUAUGUUGAAUAAUUGCAGCAUAUAUUAAUACCAAACAAAACUUAUAAAAGAAAACAAUAAACGAUGCCAUAUUACACGAACCCGUUGUAUGUAUAGAAGCCCAUAGUGAAGCCCAACUUAUGAUCCAUUUAAGAAGCUUUUGUAACUAUGUAACUAGGGUUUUAUAAACCACUAUAUAUGUCGUUAGAAUACUUGCUAAUAGGUCUGAGCAUAAAAUCCAUAAUUCGAAAUCCGAACUGAACCCGAACCGAAAAAUCUGAUCCGUACCUGGUCUGAAAUGUAAAAAAUACCCGAAUGGAUCUUGUAAGGUGGUACAAAACAUAUCCGAACCCGAAGUGUUAUUAAUCGAACCCGAACGGGUAACCCGAAAAAAAAGAAAAAUAAAAAAAUCCGAAAAGAUAUCCGAAGAAACCGGUCCGAAUGUCCAAACUACUCCAUCCGUUUCAAUAUAGAUGAUGUUUUAGAAGGAUUAUUUUGUUUCAAUUUACAUGAAGUUUUGAGAUUUUAAGGUUAACUUUAACUUUAUUGGAAACUGUUCAAACAAUUAGAUUUUACCGUCUUUUUUAUAAUUGGUUAACUGAUUUUAAAAUUAUAU